AUGUGGUCGUCCUCUGGGAGCGGCAAGAAGCCGGUCAAUUCACCACAGGAGAUGGUGCAGGUCGCUAGAAGAAGUGCCACGAACCCGGCUGGCCGAGAUGGUUCCAAUCUGGUUGUUGGGGCGGCAUACUCCCACGCGGAUGUCCUCAAAUUCGACACUCUCUCUUCUUUGCCUCGCCCCAGAACUCCUCCCUCAACGUCGUCCUCCAGAAAUCGCUUCAACGACGCCACUCCGCCGCCACCACGUGGUUCUGCGGCCUCUACCUCGCCACCCUUUAAAAGUUAUAUCAACUUCCUCUCAAACACCAACGAUGAUUGGAAAGCGGACGAAGACGAAAUGCUAGGGUAUGAAGAUGACGAUGGGGACGACUUUGGGCUCCCUAGCCUCUCAAACAUGAAGAGACGAUCAAAACGAAUAGCCACUCAGAACAAGUCUGUUCUGAGCCAAGGAUCUUCGAUAUACGCAAAUGACGACCCGGCAAAUGCGCUUCAUCUGAUUAACUACCCCUCUAUUCCUAGUAGUGCACCGCAGAAAGAAGCCGAUGCAAUUAAUUCUCGAAUUACCCGUAUUAAUAAAUUUAAACGACUCCUUCAAGCAUCAUCGAUAUCACUUCCCGACCUUCGCUCAUUAGCAUGGUCAGGUGUACCGCAUGAACUGCGUGCCAUGACCUGGCAACUACUUCUCAGCUACCUCCCUACGAAUAGCGAGCGGCGAGUCGCUACCUUGGAGAGGAAGAGGAAAGAGUACCUCGAUGGAGUCAAGCAAGCAUUUGAAAGAAGCGGAACAUCAACCGGCAGCUCUUCAGCUGGAAAAGCGAGGGGUCUAGAUGAGGCUAUUUGGCACCAAAUCAGCAUCGACAUACCCAGGACAAACCCUCAUAUUGAGCUGUAUAGCUACGAGGCAACGCAGAGGUCGCUGGAACGCAUCCUCUACGUCUGGGCCGUCAGGCAUCCUGCCAGCGGAUACGUUCAAGGCAUCAACGACCUUGUCACUCCGUUUUGGGAAGUUUUCCUGGGACUCUACAUGACAGACUCCGAUAUUGAGACUGGUAUGGAUCCAGGCCAGCUGCCUAAAUCGGUCUUGGACGCUGUGGAAGCAGACUCAUUUUGGUGCCUUACCAAACUUCUUGACGGCAUUCAAGACCACUAUAUUGUUGCUCAACCUGGUAUUCAGAGACAGGUGACAGCCUUGCGUGACCUGACUGCCAGGAUUGACUCCAAGUUAUCCAAACACCUCGAGCAAGAGGGUGUUGAAUUUAUACAGUUUAGCUUUCGAUGGAUGAACUGUCUCCUUAUGCGCGAAAUCAGCGUAAAGAACACGAUUCGCAUGUGGGAUACAUAUCUUGCCGAAGAACAAGGCUUUUCGGAGUUUCAUCUCUACGUUUGCGCAGCACUUCUUGUAAAGUGGUCUGAUAAAUUGGUGAAGAUGGAUUUCCAGGAGAUUAUGAUGUUUUUGCAAAGCCUUCCCACGAAGGCAUGGGCCGAAAAGGAUAUUGAGUUGCUUUUGAGCGAAGCAUUUAUCUGGCAGAAUUCUGAUGAAGAAAGUGACUCAAACGAGGAGAUUGUCGCUCCUUCUCCAGUGACAGUCCCUCAGGCGCAAACGCGAUCAUCUGAACAGGGGAGUCUUGCAAUUGCUUCCACAGACUCAGCUUUGUUCCAGCAAAUUUUUAAUGAGCAGAAUGCCGCUGCUUGUGAGAGGGCACUGCAGCUUCAACUGCAACAAGAGCUGGAAGAUGCGCCACACCAAAGCUCGGCUAUGACAAUCCCUGAUGUUCCCUUUCAGCGGACUACCAAAGGCUUCUAUCAUUCAUCCCUGACAUCGGUGACGGAUCCCCGUUCAGAAAUGUCUCGUAACUUUCCAGCAAUGAGGUCCUCGGAAAGGACGUUGGAGAGGACGCAGGAGAGGACGCAGAGCGCAGUGGACCCUUGGGAAGUACCAAGCAGCCCGGGAGCGCCUAACUUACAGGAAGAACAAGCAAAGGAUCAGGGGGGAGAUGCGCCGGAUCAAUCUUAUGGGGGAGAUAAGUCUCCUCUGGGUGCGGAUACGCCCCUUGAAAAUCGUUGGGAUGAUCUUGAAAGGAUGGAAGGUCGAGAUAAGAAACGGAGACGGCUGGACGAGUCCGAAGCAGCUCUGUCUCAAAGCAAUGACGUUGAUUUAGUCAUGUCCCCUCAUGAAAGCAAACUUAUCAGCACUAAUGACGAGCUGGAGACGGCAGCAGCAUCGAGCACCUCGCUCCCUGCCAUACCCAUUGGCGACACCAACUCGGCAUUCCAAAACAACUCGUCUAUAGUGAAAAGUGUGCCUGGCGAUGCCGUGAACGGAGCAUCUAGUGCUAUCCCAAGAUACAAUAAUCUGCUUUUGAAACAGCAAACACAGUAUGCGGUUGGAUCAAGUGGAUCAGCUACCAACAUCAACACACCGCGGAACCAAAUGUUCUCCAUCCCGAGCUUUGGCAGUAAGGAUCCUGAGGAGCAGGAGAGCACAACCACUACCAAGAAAAUAGAAUAUCGAAAUUUCAUCUCGCGAAGAGGCUCCUCUCCUGACAUAAUUUCUGCGCCGGCACCUGAUCUGGAUGAAGUUGCUCCUGAGCCAAGGUAUUCACCUGAUCUAAAUCCUGAGCCGAAGGUCGAUCAGGAAUACCAUGACGACAGGGAUUAUUUGGCUGAUCAACCUCCGCUACCAGAGGAGCUACCGCCGGAAGAGCUACCGCCGGAGGGGAGUGAUGCCGAGUUCGUGGCACGUCCUACGCCAGCUGCCAAGUCAAAGAAGAAGAGAGGUCGCCCAAAGAAGUCUCUGGAAACUGAUGAGCCGCCACCAGUAAAGCUGGCUGAAAGUCCUGCGCCGGCGACUGAUGCAAUAUCGCCAGUUCCAACGACGCAGAAGAAGAAACGAGGGAGGCCUAAGAAGCAGUCAGACGAGCCCGCUGUCGAGAGCGCUCUGCUUGCUGCCGCCACUCCCACCCCUGCUGUAAGGGGUGAGAAGAAGACCGGUGGGAAGAAGAAAGUUACCAAGGGUCGAAAGAAACUUGUUGUGUUGAGUGACUCAGAGGGUGACCAUUCUGCCACAGAGAACCUCGCAGCAGAAGAGCCAAGGGAGCAGGAUGCUGUUGAAGAAACACUCAAACCAGAAGCUACGGAAGACGACCAGAAAAGAGCAGCUUCGGGCAAGAAGAGUAAGGCCAAAGCUUCCCUCGACGACCAGACCAUUCUGGAUGACAAAUCGGAAGAUGAAGAUGAACCCAAAGAGAUAAAGAAACACUCUACACUAGAGAAAGAAGAGAGAUCGGGUGAUAAGAAAGGGCUUUCAGCGCUGGGACUGGCCAAACCUAUUUACAGGGUUGGGCUGAGCAAACGAUCCAGAAUUGCUCCACUGCUAAAGUCGGUGCGGAAGGCAUGA